UCCAGUGCUGUCCAAUGGGCUAUCAAAAAUGAGGUGGUGGAAGUAUGCUUGAUUAGCAUGGACACUGGAAAUGAACUCACAAAAGUGAUUGGACUGCACAUUGUUGAAUCCAUACUUCGGGUGGACUUCGGAAUAUCAUACUUAUUCAGUCCUGCAGCUGAUCACCUGUUGAAUAGACUGAUGAGAACAUGGGACAAUUUGGUAAAUCAGAUAGCUGUUGCGCACGACUUCUCUCCUCGAAUCCUCUUUCAUACCAUCCGGUGCUACACUCUCUUAUGUCAUGAUGAAAGGGGACAUAAUCUUGUGAAGCAGUCACUCCCUAAAUCCUUCAUCAACGGCACUUUUCAUGAAAGCCUGAAGGAGUUUCCCGUGAUUCGUAGAUUGCUUUCACAGCUGCUACUGAUUGCUGGUAUAAACGACUCAUGAGCAGCUUUUUCAGUUCACAAGAUCUCAUCAUUCAAAGAAGUAUCAGGAUUAAUGGUGUAUUUCCUCAAAGCUGCUGCAUUUCGGGGCUCAGGUGUUAUAUGGCAUAAUGUAGAAAGUUUCUCAGAUUGUUACCUUAGAGAGAGAAAUUGGCUGAUGUUUACCCGUGUCUUUUGUUGGGUGUACAUAAGCCUCUGUAAAUUGCAUUUUUGCUGGAAAUUCUUGGCACGAUCCUCGAAUCCUCAAGAGAUUCUAGCUUGUUUUUAUACUUCUCUUUUUACUGUCCAUGAUCACGUCUGCUAUAA